CUCGCGCCCUGUGUCAUGAGCGACGAAAUAGGGUUUUUAAAACCAGCAGACCGUGGCCUUUUUGAGAUGCAUCAGCACCAGCAGUGUCAGCGGCUCAAGCUGCAGGACCUCAAUUCGCACCUCGUGUGCGACAUAUGCAAGGGCUACCUCGUCGAAGCCACCACGAUUGUCGAAUGUCUGCAUUCCUUUUGCAGAAGUUGCCUGGUGCGCCACAUCGAUAGACACGCCGCCUGUCCCACCUGUGAUGCGCCUCUUCCUAAAGCCAAACCGUUCCUCCACAUCAGAUCUGAUAAGACGCUGCAAGAUAUUGUGUACAAACUCGUUCCCGGCCUCUACCACAACGAGAUGCGGAGGAGGCGCGACUUCUACGCCAAACACCCUGACGAAGUGUGGCGGACAACUCAUGAGGAGCGUGGAACUGCAAUGGAUCGUCUCGUUUUCUCGCCCCAAGACCAAUUCUCGUUGUCGCUCGAGUACUUCAAGCCCCACAGCGGCGACUGUCGCAACGACGACUGGGAAACGGGCUCGACCCGCAGCAGCACCAGUAGCCACGAGAGCAGUAGCGAGGGAGCCAUAGGCCGGCGAUAUCUCCAGUGUCCAGCCCUAUUCACAGUCGGCCUUCUGAAAAAGUUCCUCAGAUCGAAAUUCGAGCUUAUGCCCAACCACAAGGUGGACGUGAUUCAUCGCAAAGUAUGCCUUCCAGAUGAUUAUACAAUCAUGGACGUGGCUUACAUUUACUCGUGGAGACAGGCGUCGCCAAUAAGAUUUUUCUACCGCUUCUACGACGACUCCAGACCCGCGGUGGUGCAGCCCGUUCAGCAGCAGCCGACCACGGUGAGCAAGGGAAAGGCCGGCGAGAUGGUAUCGGCGACCAAGAAGAGACUCUCCGUCGACGCCGCGGCCAAAUCUGAUCAAGAAACAAAGACUGCCGACGCUGAAAAAAUUAAGGUAGAGGAAAAAGUAGCGCCGCCGGUUGCGCCCAAAGUCGCGGUGGUGAUCACGCAGAACGAAAACGAGCACCCCGUAAUUUCGAUUCCUUCACCACCCCCUUCGUCCGAGUCCACGCCCGAACUGGACUUGCUGGACAUUAUUGAUAAGAAUAUCAAAGAAGAGACUGCCGCCCUUGCUAACAAUAACAACAACGAGCCCUCCGUGGUCACCGAGAGACCAAAAACCCCACCCAAAGUGGAGGUUCCCACUUUGCCCAAAACUCCCCCUCCCCCGUUGAGCGUUUCCAUCACGCCGACAACGACCUCUCCUCUGACCAAGUCUCCGAUUUCCCCUGUAGUUACUUCCCCGUCAAAGUCCAAAAUCCGCUCACCGGGAAGUGGAUCGAGCAUUUUAUCCAUCGCCUCUGAACUCGCGCGAAAGCAGCAGCAGCAGAUGGAGAAGGAGAAGAGCAAAUCCUCCUCCCCAGUGCCAGCAGUGGUGCCAACCUCAAAAAGCGCUCCCGCCCCUCCUGCCCCCAAUCCUGUUGUACCUUCGGCCAGGUUAGGCUCAGGAAAGUCGUCCUUGGAGAUCAAACUUGUUCCUUCGAACGCCGCCAACAAAUCCAACCAACCGCCAAAGGCUGAACUGAGCAAGCCACAGACCUCCAUCACCCUCAAGUCCAACGUGGACAAGCAGCCAAAGGUCGCCGCGGAAACAGUGAUUUCCAAACAGUCAGCCAUUGCCAAGGGUGGUGCACCUGGCAUCGCGCCUAAAUCUCCGCAGAAGAGGCCGCACCAGCCUUACAAGUUCCACAACUACGAACACAGCCUUCUGAAGGUAGCCAAAGAGGACCCGGCCAAGAAAGCCAAGAUCGAGGAGAAACCACCCGCCCCUCUUUCGCCCCACAAGCCAAGUGCCAAGAUGUACCACUCCGCCACGAUUUCCCCCUUCGCCCCUAUCCACCGACCCCACACUCAACCCCUCAGCAUCAACCCUCCCUCUCUGAAGCCUCAGAGACCGGCGUCCCUCUCCUCAACCUCUUCACCCUCCCCUUCUCCUCCUUCAAACGAGUCAAGACACUUCCCUUCUCCACCUCAGCACUCCAAAAAGUCACCGACCCUUGAGCCACCCCUUUCGCCGGUCAACAGCCUUUACAAUGGACUCCUGGCCGCCGCCGCGGUGGCCAGACACCCCAACCAGGCGGCCGCGGCCGCUCUUUUCAUGCGCCAGCAACUGGAGUACCAGAGACUGUACCAGCAGAGCGCCGAGUGGUCCUUCAACCCCCAUUUCAUGCACCACUCGGCGGCGGCCAACACGAUGAAGCGCCUGAGCGAAGGGUACAUGAGGUCCCUUUACCCCUUCGGUAUGGGCAGUGUCCCCACCACUAGUGCCCCUCCCGCCCCCUACUCGUCUUCAAUCAGUUCGAGCGGACACUCCAAGUGAUUAUUGCCCGAGGUAGAAUUUACCUCAUCGUGUCUAUCUUUAGUUUGCUUCAGUAUGUUAACAAUUAGUCGAAGGAGCAAACAGCUUUUCUAAGUACUUUUGUAGUAAUUUAAAGUUAUUCUUAACUGUGAUGAGACUUCAAUAUAUACAAAAACAUGUCUUGGAUAAAUGUUUACAACACUGUAAAAUAUCGUGUACAGCUUCAGAUGAAAUCAUUUUGGUGAAAAAAUAAAGUCUUGUUGAUUGCCUAUUUUUGGAAUGCAGGAAAAUUGAAAAAUGUUUAUAGUAUAUCUCCAGCUUAUUCCUCCUAAUUGUAUGUUGUUCAAAUAUGAAUCAUUGACGUCAUCAUUUUUCCAAUAAAAUUCACUUAAUCACUGUACAAAGCAUUCUUAGCAGUAGAAUAAAAUAUUCUAUUAAA